GUAUAAUCGGGAAUUCGCAUACAUGUUUUGGUUUCCAAAAAAGCUGUGUAUAAAAAGUUGCAGUCCUCUCUGCCAUAAAGCUCUUCUUCAGAGGAUAACAAAAACAGAGCAAUUUCUUUAAAAAAAAAACAAAAACAGAGACACGAAGAUCUUUCGAGAAAAAUUCAAAAUCAGAAGAGGAUAAACAGAGAGUUAUAGAGAGAUGGGAGAUGUGGUUUUGUUAAUCGAUGAUGAGACGAAUUCGAUAUUGAGAAUCACGCGUUGCAGAAUCUGCCACGAAGAAGAAGCAGAAAGUUUCUUCGAAGUUCCUUGUGCUUGCUCAGGAACUGUUAAGUUCGCGCACAGAGAUUGCAUACAACGUUGGUGCAACGAGAAAGGAAACACGACAUGUGAAAUCUGUCUUCAGGUUUACAGAGAUGGAUAUACGGCGGUUUCAAAACAAUGUAAACUGAUUGAAGCAGAAGUCACAAUCAGAGAAAAUGGAAGAAGAAGAAGAAGAAGACGAUUAGUGCCAAUAGCAGAAUCGGAUUUUACUCAGUGUAACUCUGUAACUACUUUUUGCAGAUCAUUAACUUUCACGUUUUCAGUGUUUUUGCUGAUGAAACAUACAUUCGAUGUGAUAUAUGGAACUCAAGAGUACCCAUUCACUGUAUUCACGGUACUAACAUUAAAAGCCAUCGGAAUUUUAUUGCCAAUGUUCAUUAUAAUCAGAACAAUCGCAGCUAUUCAAAAAGCUCUCCUCCGUCGCCAUCAAUAUCCCGUAAGUUCUCACUUAGUAAAUGAAUCUGAAGAAGAAGAUACGUUGAGCUCCGACGACGACGAUGAGUUGGUGGAAGAAGAAGAAGAAGAGCAACAACAACAUUUGGCUUAAACCUUCAAAAUUAACGAACGAUAUCUUUUUAUUUGUUUUUUCUUUCUAAUUCUAUUUCUUCUACUAACGAAAAAGCAUAUAUAAUUCGAUGCUCACCGAGUCAUUGUAAAAAAAAAAAAACCGUGUAUAUUUUACUAAGAAAACCCACUUUUAAUUUCCCGUUUGAUUAUUUUUUCC